AUGAAACUGUGGCUCUUUGCCUGCCUGCUAGCCUGCUUUGUUGGGGCCUGGGUGCCAGUUGUCCAUGGCCAAGGUGCCUUUGAAGACUGCUGCUUGGGUUACCAACCCAGGAUCAAAUGGACUAUUCUCCGGCACGCUCUCCGCUAUAGCUGGCAGGAUGUGAACGGAAGCUGCAACCUACGUGCUGUGAUAUUCUACUUCCGCCACAAAGUACUGUGUGGGAACCCAGAGGACAGGAAUGUGAAGAGGGCGAUGAAGAACUUAGUAGGGAGGAACAAGCUGGUCUACAGUCCUCACCUGACGAACACCUCAGGCACUCAGACUGAAAAGAAGAAGUCAAGUCAUGCCAAGUCCAAAGUGGAGAACCCCAGCAGUAUCAGUGUGAGGAAUGCCACCCGAGGCCGGUUCAGGUGGCUGCUCAUGCCUUAA